AUAGAGGUUGAUGCCAAGUACAUUAAAGGCAUGCUAGCUGCACCAGACCUCCAGCCGAAUGCAGUUAUCAACCGGUGGAUUGCUGAAAUACUUACGUAUCCGCAUAAGUUAAUACAUGUCCCCGCAACGAAGCAUAAAGGACCUGAUGCCUUGUCACGAAGA